UUUCAUCUAAAUAAAUGUUGCUUUGUGAAAGAAAGUUCGUGAAAUGAAAUUAUGUGUUUGGUACAGUGUUAACAUAAGAGAAACUACCAUCGUCGGUUUUUUUUUACAACGUAGCGUGUCUUUUGAGGCUGCAUUUUAAUGUUUCUUCCUCUCGGAGAUGGAUCAAUCCAAGUCCUCAUCUGGUGUCCAGCACAAAACACUUGUUCAGGAAGGAGUAAUGAGCUCAGCUCAAAGAUCCUUCACUUGUCCUAAAAUAGGAAUUUUUCAUGAAGUUUGCAGAGAAUGGCUUGUUAUUGAAGAUAGUGCCUUGGCUCAUCAGCUUCAAGACCAGGAGAUUGCAGCCCAUUAUGGACACAAUCGGGAGAGAAAUCGCAUUGUUAGAGGGGAUGUCUCUCAGGCGCGUUCAGAGCAAGAGGAUGAAUUAAAGCAAGCACUUGCUUUACAACAGUUUCAGCAGGAACUCCGUCUGCAACAAGAAAGAGAAGAUGAAGAAGCAGCAAGGCUAUUAGCAGAAGAAUUGGAAAGGGAAGAGGAACUUCAACGACAAAAGAGAGUUAUUCAAGAUGAAAAACUCGCACAGAAGCUACAGACUGCAUUGGUUCUAAAACCUCCUGGAAAUCCCUAUACGACCGAAAAAGUAUCUCGCCUUAACAAAGUGGAACCUAUCUCCUCUUCAGUAAAAAUGUUGGAUAUGAAUCAACCUAUGUCGGAGGAAGAGUCUCGAGAGUGGCAAGAACGUUGCGAUGCAGAAAUGGCUCGAAAACUGCAACAAGAAGAGGAAGAAGAAUCAAAAUUCCGUAGAGAUGUGACCGAUUUGAGCCGAAAACUUGCUAUUGAAGCAAAAGAUCUCGAGUUAGCUCAAAUGCUACAAGAAAAAGAGAAAGCUCGUCUACGUAAAGCCAAAGAAAAGGCUCGUCUUAAAGCACAGCAAGCCCUUCAAGCCCAGCAAGCCCUUCAAGCUCAUUCCCAACAACCGCCACAAACCCAGCCGAGCCAGCAAACAGUUAAUAAUGAGGAGGACUUUAAUCGACAUGCAAAUUCCUUUUUACCUACUGGAACUCAAAAUAUUGCUGCUUGCAUUGACCCUACGUGGGCCAGAAGAUAUCAUAAUCCUGAAACUCGAUCUGAUGUGGUACCAAGGACACAAAUUCCGAUUACCGAUUUAGAUUUUCCUGCACCGGUUCAACCCAUUGUUUCUGGUCAUCGACGAACUCCUUGUGGAACUCGAUCUGAAUCACCUGCUACAGAAACGGCAAACGUCGAUCAAUCGCGAAACAAAUCUCGGAAAGGAUGCUCUCACCAAUGAUUUAAACGCCUUAGUUGUAACCUUGUCAUUCAGACCUAAAUAACUCUUAAUCCUUACUAAUUAUUUCGAUCUGAAAAUUUUACGUUCCACCUAUUUUUUCUUCUUUUUUGUUUUAGGACCCCAAAGUCUUGUACUAUUUUUUUUAUUUAAUAUUAGCUUUUUAUGUAACACACUUACCUGCACCGUUUACUUAUAACUAACUUGUUAACCAUCCUGACCAUUUGGUUGCCUUAUUCUUGUCUUACCAUUUCGUCCAAGCGGUUACGGUGUUUAAUGCCAAUGAAACUCUUGAUCUAAUAUGUUCCGUCCCGUCUAAUGUUUCGCCUCAAUUCUAUUUACACAGGACCAAAUUCAACUUUUCUUCUUCUUAUGAAGCAGCUUUGAAAGUUUUUGCCUUGACCAAAUAUCAUCAUUCGUUUCAAACUGAUGGGUAUAUUGUACGAAAUUUUCGAACCAUUUUACUCACAACUUAAAAUAUACUGAUUUUGUAGUUCUUGUAA